AUGGGAAAUGCUGAAAGUAAUGUCACCUCUUCUGCCGUGAAAAAGCAAACUGACAGUGAGUCUUUGAAAAUAUAUUCAUUGGUAAAUGUUAAAGGAGGAGGACAAUUAAUAACUCUUAUGAAAGACGCCAUAAAAAACAAAGAUUAUUCAAAUUUAGAUGAUCAAUUUCGAGAAAUGGUGCUGCCAUUUUUAUAUAACAACGGAGAUGGGAAAAUGAUACCAAUUCAAGAUUUGGUAGUGACUCGAAAUAAGGAUCGUCCAAAACACAAACAAUUACCUCAAAAUCGAGAUCCAAAUUACAAACCCUCCAACAAAUCAGUUGUAGUUCCUGUUGAUGAUCCUCAUUCAAAAGACUUUGCACCUCAGUUUCGAGAAGUAUGUUGGGAUUUAGAUCAGAGAGGGUCCCUUGGUGAAACAAUUCUUCAUUUAUGUUUACUGAAUGCGACACCAGUGCAUAUUGAGCUUGCCAAACGCCUUGUUCUCCUUUUCCCGAAACUUAUAAAUGAUGUCUAUCAAGUAGAUGAAUUUUAUGGAGAAAAUGUGUUGCACAUGUCUAUUGUGAAUGAAGAUCCUGUAGUGGUAAAGUUUUUGUUGGACCAUGGAGCUAAUUUUAAUGAAAGAGCCAACGGUAGUUUCUUUUUACCUGAAGAUCAAAAAUUUUGUCGCUCAGAUAGUUUAGAACAUGAGUGGGUAGAUGUAAGCAUAAAAACUGAUUAUAAAGGAUACGUGUAUUGGGGUGAAUAUCCAUUAUCUUUUGCAGCGUGUUUAGGCCAAGAGGAAUGUUAUCGUCUCUUACUUGCUAAGGGCGCCGAUCCUGAUAUUCAAGACACAAAUGGAAAUACUGUUUUGCAUAUUCUUGUUAUACAAAACAAACUCGAAAUAUUUGAUAUGUCAUAUGAAUGUGGAGCUUCUUUAGAUAUUAAAAAUCGUCAGAGUUUGACACCUUUGACCCUUGCAGCAAAGUUAGCAAUGAAGGACAUAUAUUUUCAUAUAUUAUCAUUACAAAGAGAAAUAUACUGGGAACUUGGAAACAUUACAUGUGCUGCCUAUGCUUUGGAUGAUAUUGAUACCAUUAACAGUCAAACUGGAGAAAUUAAUAAACUCUCCGUUCUUAAUCUUGUUGUGUAUGGGGAAAAAAUAGAUCAUUUGGACAUGCUAAGUGGUGUCCUAGCUGAUCUUCUCAACGCUAAGUGGAACAAAUUUGUUAAGUUCAGAUUCUUUCGCCAAUUCUUAACCUUCUUCUUAUAUUUUGCAAUUUCCUUAAGCUGUUUUGUUAUGAGACCUGGACCAUCAAUUCCAAAGUCGUACAAACACCAUAAUCACUCACAUUUUAUGCAUUCAACAUCAACUACUAUGUCACCAAUCAAUAUUAAUUUAACAUCUGACGUUGAUCAAUGUUAUUUAUUGAACGCUGAUAAACCAUCUGAUUAUGUUCGAUUUGUAUUGGAAUUUUUAACUCUUGCAGGAGCCAUGCUUUAUUUAUUUGAUGCUUUCAGAGAACUUAGAUUUUUAGGCUAUCAAACAUUUACGCAAAAUAUGAUGACAGUUCCUUCUAGAGUUCUGUUUAUGUGCUCUUGUAGUAUGUUAAUGAUAAUGAUUCCUCUAAGGAUGGCUUGUUCACACCAAGGGGAAGAUUUAAGCGCUGUGUUUGUUAUGUUAACUACAGCUCCAUAUUUUCUUUUCUUUUGCAGAGGAUUCAAACUGGUAGGCCCUUUCGUUGUAAUGAUAUACAAAAUGAUUUUAACUGAUUUACUGUGUUUUGUGACAAUUUACAUCGUGUUUGUGCUUGGAUUCGCUCAAGCGUAUUAUGUGAUUUUCCUAUCUUACAAAGCUGACAAGCCUAGUUUCUUUGAUGAUCCUAUACAAAGUAUUUUGGCGAUGUUCAUUAUGUCCCUAUCAGAAUUUGGCGACACGUAUGAGCAGUUUAAUUACACUGCGCAUCCAAAUAUUGCAAAGGUCAUUUUCAUUAUGUAUAUGGCAAUAGUAGCUUUACUACUAAUCAACAUGCUCAUAGCUAUGAUGGGUAAAACGUACCAAGAUAUCGCAGAAAGGAAGAAUGAAUGGAUGAGACAGUGGGCUCGAAUAGUUCUUGUGGUAGAAAGAGGAGUACCACCUGCUAUUUGUUUACAACAACAAAGAAACUAUUCUCAGGCAAUGGCUGAUGGCCGAAGAGCUCUUGUUUUGAGAUUGGAACAUAAUGAAGCUGAGAAAGAAGAACUACGUUGUAUUUCUGAAAUGCGAACCUCUAACUUAGAAAGUAGGAAUCGAAGGAAAAAACUGUUCGAAGAAAAAAAACGAAACAUAAAAUAAUGGAUGCUUAAUACUAUGUCAUAUUACCUAGAAUAGUACAAAAAACUGUUUUCUAUUUUAAUUUUAAUUUCUAUCUCCUUAAAUUUUAAUUUAAUUUAGCAUAUGAAAGUGCAUAUCACAUUAAAAUUAAAGACUAUUUAGUGUUUUAUUGUCUUAUUAAAUUGAGUCAAUAUAAAUAAAAAGCAUAUCUCAUAAAAAUAA